UGCAUAGUAUGGGUGGCACGUCCAUUCUCCUACAACCGCCCAUCACUGACAAUGAAAGACGUUCAGCUGAUGGGAGGGGAGACUCUGGCCUCCAGUCUCCUGGGGAUUUUUCAUUGGACACAGGUGCAGCCCCUAGACUUUAUCAGAGCUGUUCUUUCUGCCUUUCCUAACAGAGGCAGCUGAAGGGGAAGAAAUCCGAUCUGUGUUCGGAAAGUGCGUGUUUCUCCAGUACAUGUGUAUGUUCCCGUGUACGCUGGUAGCAUGGAUACCGUGGGUGUAAUAGAAUCAACUGUCCGGGCGUCAAUGUGCUUCUUGGGGAUAAUGGGAAACAGCAUGCUGGUGUUGCACUCCCUGCCGAGCAAGAGGAGUCACCUCAAGACGUCUGAAGUCCUUUUCAUCAACCUGGCCGCCUCCAACUUGAUCACCAACUGUCUGGUGGACCUGCCCGACACCCUGGCCGAUAUCGCCGGGCGCUGGUUCCUGGGAGAGGCCUACUGUGGGAUCUUCCUGUUCUGCUCGGACCUGUCGGAGACCAGCAGCGUCCUGACCACUCUGCUCAUCAGCGUUUUCUGGUACCAGAAGCUGGUGGGCUCGCUGAAGCGGGGCAACGCCCCCGUGAAGCUGGACAGCCUUGGCCUGUCCUGCGGCCUGCUGGCGGCCAGCUGGGGCGCAGCUCUGGUCUUCAGCGUCCCCCUCCUUUCCUUCGUGACCGUGGGCAGCAACAGAAGCGCCAGCCAGGACUGCCAAGCCCACUUCCCCACCCACGCCUCCAAGCAGACGUAUGAGGCCACCUACUUGACCCUCGCCAAUGCAGUGCCAGUGGCUUUCAUGGUCUUCACCAACCUGCAGAUAGUGAUCACGUUGCUGACGCAGAGGAAACGCAUAGAGGCUCUGAAAAAGGAGGCCCGACUCCAGCCCGCUGCGGAGCGCGCCCAGCCCACGAGCACAGGACCGGAUUCGCCACGGGAAUUCUCGUCUGUCUCUACGCCCGCCGGCAAUCAGAACCCGAGCAGUCAGGCUCUCGCCGACCCUGCCGGGAAGGGGCGGCUGGACGCUCUCGCCCGUGCAGCAGCAGUAGCUCCUCCGCGGUCCAGGAACGCACCGCGCCAGCACCCGGGGGCGCAGGUCAGGGCGGCCAUGAGCGUGGUGGCGGUGGCCAGCGUGUUCCUCGUGUGCUGGGUGACCCACCUGCUGCUGCGGAUCGCGAGCAACGUGAACGAGUCGUCCGCCAUUGUGGAGAUCGCCAGCUACAUCGCAGCCUCGUACACCUGCAUCAUCCCAUUCAUCUUCCUGCACGGGGUUAAGAAGCUCUCCUGCCGCUGCUGGAAGUGACAGCCCGCGACACAGGGACUCGCACUCCAGGAAAUCACAGCUCAGGAUAAGGACGUUCAACAAGCUGAAGAGGGGUGGGCGUACCUGUCGUAGGAGGGCACUCUGCUCGGGUCCUCCACGUACCCCGA